UUGUUUGCUGGCUGGCCUAUCCCAACCACCGUUUUGGUCUUGCAUAUUAAGAUUAGCAUUUGCACUGUUUGCUCAUAUAUCACGUGUCCCUUAUCGAUAACGGCCGGGACUUACUGCCGUCCCGCAUUUUACGAUGGCGAACCCAAUUCCAGUGCGAGUGGCAAGCUGCGUGGCCGGGGAAUCAUGGCUGAACGGAGUGUAUUGCGAAAGGAUCAGCUGGAAAUCAGCUUGCAUAACGAAAAGAAGCUGAUCAAGGAGGGUUAUAUCAAAGAUGAUAACCCUCUGGAUGAUAGUGAAGCCUUCCGGCAGCUCUGUGCAGCAUGCCGUCAGGGUGACCUAAAAGUCUGCCAGGAGAAGAUAACAGAGGGCGUUAACGUAAAUGCCCGCGACCACUAUGAUUAUACACCUUUGAUCCUGGUGAACAUAUAUACCCCGCACCAGGCAAGUUUGUGUGGCCACUAUGAGGUUGCACAACUACUUCUAGAAUCCGGGGCUCUGUGUGAGCGUGACACAUUUCAAGGUGAAAGAUGUCUAUACAAUGCUCUAAAUGACCGGAUACGAAAUCUGCUCCUUGAAUACGAUUAUUCCAAAUCAACCGACCCUUUACAGCCCUUGGCAGCGCAUAUAACCUCUCUCCUCACUAGAGAGUCCCCAGUGACAACGGAUAUUGUCGUGACUGCCUCCGAUGAUUCCGUUCACUUACAUAAAUUCAUACUGGCUGCUCGGUCCCCCUAUUUCCGGAGUAAGCUCGCAGCGACUCCAGAAGCUACCACAUGGAAGCUACCGAGCAAUAUUGCUCCCGAGGGAUUUUCUGCAGCCAUUAAAUAUCUCUAUUUUGGUGAACCGCCCCGGGAGCUUCGGAGUGGACCUGGCACUGGUUUCACGGAGUCAGACGUCUUUGCGGCCAUUGACAAAAUUUCUAAAUAUCUCGAGACCCAAAGUCUUAUGGAGAGUAUAUUGGAUAGUGGUGACCGAAGACUGGCUCGGCAGCGAAGGACCAUGGAACUCGCUAGAGGGCGUGAUCAACUGGAGCAAUGGUUCCAGACUAACGUCCUUGGCAACAAAGUGAUCGUGGAGACAGAAAAGGCCAGUGAAGUGAAAUGGGACCGUAAUAACCAGAUAUUUGCAGAUGUCGUGCUGCAAGCUGAUGAGCUUCCUGACGAAGUGGAAGAUGGCCAGCCCCAAAAAUCAGUAUCUGACCAAUUAGUGGUGAUCGAUGUCGACUGCUCGCCUGAUGUGCUAGAGAUCAUUCUUACUUUCCUCUACACUGAGCGCGCAGAUUUCUCUCUAGAUAUCGCCGUUGAUGUCCUUUUCGCGGCCGAUAUGCUCUUUAUCGAAAAGCUCAAGACCAAGGCCGCAGUCGUCAUCAGCACUUUGGGUAGCGCCGGCAUGUCGCAAGCCGAGGCCGCCAGAACCCGAGGCAAGGAUGACGAUGAUAUUGACAUUUAUGCGAUCAUGCGGGCAGCCUGGUUGACUCGAGUCCAGCGAUUGGAAGAAUUCGCAGCUCGGUUCUUUGCAUACCGACUCGAAGCUCACAUUGACACUCCCGAGUUCGCGGAGCUCAUCCAGGAGUCUGCAUCCCGUAUUCAGGCACGUCAAGAGACCGACUCUAUUGAAUUGUUGGAUGAUAUUCGAUUCUAUCUGAAUGAACGUUUUCGGCUCAGAUUCGACGAUGCGGGUCUCGAAGAGAUGUUGGAAGAGACGGCGCAGCCUCCAAAUGGCGAUGGAGGGGAACAGCCAGAUGUCGCACAGGUCACUAAAGAAGUCGACGCACUUAAUUUGUCCAGCGACACCACGGACGGACAAGCACGGCAGCUUCGGGCCUUGGAUGGAGCCAUGGUCGACGACGAGUUCUCCGAGGACGCGAUGAAUUAUCAAAUCUUGAUGGAGAAAUUGGAGAACCUUUUGGUAACUCUGAAUUUGGAUGCUUAA